UAAGUAUGAUAUAUUAAACUUUUAAACAGUUUUGUAAAUCACUGAUGAUAUGUUCGGUCUUAAGAGGGAGCUGUUUUUAACUCAGACUGAUACUGUGUUUGUGUUCAUCUUGCCAUUUGCAUUAGAGAAGUGUAACUCAUACACAAUAUCUACCUAGUAUUUAGUGUGAGAAACAGGUAGUGUGAGUUGAGGUUGAAGCAAGCAGUCAUGAGAACCAUCACGUCCAUCAGUUUCUCAGGUACAAUAUCCGUCAUAAUAUACUCAGAAUGUGAGAAUGGCACUUUUUACUAUUCACUGUACUUGAUUUCACCAAAAUUCAGUAAAUUAACUCUGAAACGACAUCUGUCAGCAGUUCUUGGUCUUUCAGCGCUGUGGCUGAUGGAGAACUCGCUGGCUGCUAACAUCACUGGAUCUGUGGGAAGCAACAUCUCAGUCAGCUGCAGCUAUCCUGAAACCUACCAGAAUAACAGCAAGUACUUCUGCCAGAUGAACAGCUCGUUUGCUCCAGGAGAUCUUCAGUGUGUUCACAUCACCAGACCAGAGACGAGGUCUGAACGAGGGAGACUGGCUCUUCUGGAUGACACCAGUGCUCAUGUUCUUACUGCAAACAUCUGUAGACUGGCUCCAGAAGACUCGGGAAAGUACUGGUGUGGUGUAGAUAUCGCUCUGCUGCCGGAUUUCACCUCAGAGAUCUGGAUAACAGUCACCAAAGAACAUCCUCAAGAGCAAACCAUAGACCUGUUCGCGGAAGAGCCUGCCGAGCCUUACUCGAGGUUCAUGACGAUGGUGGCUUUGAUGUGUGUUGGUGCCCUGUUUUUCGUGUGUCUGUUCGGUCUGUUUCAAGUGCUCAGGCACAACGGCCGCUGUAAUUCAGGUUUUGUUCUCCAGCGCACCAGGACUUUAUCAAACCCAGACGGCCAUCAGAGAAAACACCGUGACCUUCCAGAUUUACCCAAAGUUCAAAUUGAAAAAGAGGAACUUUAUAGACCCACAAACCCAGAUUAUACAAACACAGCUGACAGAGACUACUACAUCGAUGUUGUUUCAGCACAAACAAAAGAUCAUAUCUACACAGAACUGGACAGAAAUAGACAGAGUCAAGUGUAUCAGAGUCUCACCGCUGAUUCCCUUCAAGAGUCGAUCUAUCACACUAUUGAUCAGACGAAAGACUGAACACCUCAGCCAAUCAGAAUCCUAGUUUCCUCCGACAGCUACAAACAUCCAAACUUUAUGUGUCGCUUUCACAAAAUCAGCUUAAGAUGGUAUUUUACCUAUUAAAUAAAUACAGAAAUCAUGUUCAUAUGUCUCAGGUAUUGAUUUGUGAAGCAGAAGCUGCCUGAUAAACUAUUGUAAAGUUAUAACUUUUACUAUUCUGCUUAUCACCUUUGUCUGCUCUGCAUUUUCA